CCUCUCCCCGACUGCGCCCCCUCCAAACCUCCCCACCCAAGAGAGCGAGCUCCCCCGCCCCUAGGGUUUUCCCCGCCGCCGCCGCCGCCGACCAUGGCCGCCUCCCCGGACCGAGCCAAUGACGACCUCCGCCGCCGCCUCGCCGUCGACACGCCGCCACCGCCCCAGAUCGCCAGAGAGAAGCAAGGCCUGGAUACUGACAUGCCCCUUUCUCCUCAGUGGCUUAUGAAGGAGCCCAGUUCACAGGGUACACGCUCAGAUGCUACAAAGACAUCAGGGAAUGGUGAAGACAAGAAAAAGGAUGUCUUCAGAGCUUCUGUGCUUGAUGGUGAAACUGGGCGCCGUGACCGUUGGCGUGAUGACGAACGGGAACCAAAUUCAGGUCUGCGUGAAACAAAUUCAGUCCCUCGGUGGACUCGCUGGAGGGAGACAGACAAGGAACAUGGCGAUACCCGCAAAGUGGAAAAGUGGUCAGAUGACUCCUCCAAGUAUUCUGUGGAUGGCCGUCGUGCUCCGCAGGAACGUUGGGGUGAUAACAGUAACAAGGAGGGCAACUAUGAUCAACGCCGUGAUGGCAAAUGGAGCACGCGUUGGUGUUCCAAUGAUAAGGAGUCUGAAAAUUGGCGUGACAGGUGGGGUGAUUCAGGCAAAGAUGGUGAUUCUUCACGUGAAAAAGGUUUCUCUCAGUUUGUGUCACAUGGAAAGGAUGGCAACAAUCAUGAUAAGGAUACUGAAAAAGAUGAUAAUAUUUCCCGAUCAUGGAAGUCUAGCCAUCCUGUUGGCCGUGGCCGGGGAGAUUCAUCUUAUCAUCCCUUGCAAACUUCACAAAAACCAUCUUCUAUGUAUGGAUAUGGUAGAGGGAAGCCAGACAAUGAGCCCACAGGUUUUACAGGUUCUCGUGGAAAGAUUACACCAGGCACUAGUAGCACAAAUACUGGCAGUACAGGAUCCUCACGUCCAUUCCAUCUUGGUCUACUUUCUGACAGACCAGGUGGUGCAUCGGGGGAUCGCACGGCAUUUAGAUAUAGUAGGAUGAAACUGCUGGACAUAUACCGAACAACUUCACAUGUUACUGACUUCAAGAUGCCUUUUGAUAUUUGUGAGGAAGGGUCUGCAUUUAUGCAAGAAGAAAUUUUGGAGCCUUUAGCAUUAUUUGCUCCUACUGCUGAAGAAGCGACCAUUUUAAAAGCAAUUGACAAAGGGGAAAUCAUAAACAGCGGUGUCUAUCAGGUUUCUAAAGAUGGUUCUGUUGGGAAAAGUAAUCCUGAUGGGGUGCCUUCAAAACAAUCUAAAUUAGGUGGUAGAGAUGAUCAACCUGAAAGUACCGAAGAUUUCAAGGGAGAAAUGGCUGGAACUCUCAGAGGUCCUGGAAAUAUUGAUUUGCCAAUCAGAGGGGAUUCCCUGCGUACAGAGACACCUAGUUAUGUUGUUCCCCAAAGAUCUCGGGUUAUUGGAGACCAUAGGCUUGGACCAACUACUGAAUUUCCGCAGCAAAUACCCAUUGGUUUUGAUCAAGAUAGUAAAGUUGGGAUGGCAGGUGUUGAUGGGUUUGCCAGUCAUAUGCAACCCUACCCUAAUCCAGAGAGUCUUUCUUUAUACUACAAAGAUCCACAAGGUCGUAUUCAAGGCCCUUUUUCUGGUGCUGACAUCAUUGGCUGGUUUGAGGCUAGUUAUUUUGGCAUUGAUUUGCUGGUUCGUGUUGCGAAUGCACCUCCUGAUGCUCCUUUCUUAAUGCUUGGGGAUGUUAUGCCUCACUUACGAGCAAAGGCGAGGCCACCUCCAGGGUUUAGCACCGCAAAACCCAGUGAUGUGCUAAUGCCAGAGACUCCACCUACAGGGAAGUUUGUCAGCUCCAGUAGCGCACAUGGUGGUUCAGCUGGUGUUGGGAUUUUCAACAGCGGACCAGGCAGGAAUGGCGGUGCCGUUGAUGCCCAGAAUCGUUUUCUGGAGUCACUUAUGUCUAAUAGUGUGCACGGUCCUUCAGCUGAAACCAUCUCUAUGACUGGAGGUCUGAAUGAAUAUGGCAGUAGUAACUUCAGCAACACUGCGAUGGCUGGAGGGGAGAGUGCCAACAACAUGAAUUAUUUUUUGGCGCAGCAAAGAUUGUUGGAGAGACAAAAACAGUCACAAAUUCCUGUUCCGUAUUGGUCUGGAGAUGGUAUUCCGGCAGCACAAACACAAACUAAAGCUACAGCUCCAGAACUGUCUUCUCAGCACUCUACACUAUCCAGUUCAAUGGCUGAUCCAUCUCGCCAAGCUCCGCAAUCUCAGAAUAUUGACUUGCUUGCUAUGCUGCAUUCUGCAGAGAAACCUCAAGCACCUGGUACUAAUGCUGGUUUGCCACCAUGGUCAAACUACCCUGAGGCCAGAAAUCUUAAUCCUAAUGUUCGUUUAGAUCUCACUCAAGGGGCUCUUAACAUGCACCAAAAUCUGCAGAAUCCUCAGCAAAUCGCAGCUGCUGUUCAACAACAGAGCUUCAUGUCACAGAACCAGCCUCCGCUAGCUCAUUUGCCGCAUGAGAAAUUGCUUGCUGAGAUAUCUCAAGAUCCACAACUGUUACACAUGUUCCAACAACAGUAUAUGCUGUCACAACUGCAGCUGCAAGCACAGCCACCAGUGACACCUCAACCUCAGCCACAGCCACAACUCUCAAUGCUGGACAAGAUGAUAUUGCUCCAGCAGCAACAGCAACAGCAGCAACAACAGCAACAGCAGCUGCAACAACUACAGCUUGAGCAGCAGCAGAAGUUGUUGAUGCAGCAGCAACAACACCUGCUUCCUCAUGUUGUACCUCAUGGACAUUCCAACCAGCAGCUUGAUGAUCCCUAUGGGUCAAAGCAUAUUUCAUCGCCAGCUGGUGAUUCUAUGAAUCUUGGUGUUCGAAAAAUGCAAGACGUUCUUGAAGUUGAUCGGAUUUUGACUGCCCAUGGUACACAGCAGGGGCAACAAUCUAGUCAGCCAUUGAUGAGGGGUAUAGAUGGUGUUGGUUUAUCACAAAACACUGUACCUACCAUACCAUUGCCCCAUGAAAUUUUUGUGGGCGCACCUUCAAAAGAAUGGUAUCCCCAAGGAAUAGAUCAAGCUGAAAUUAAGCCUAUUUUGGGUUCCAGAUCUACUGAUAUCAGCAGUUCAGCUCUUACUGAAACUAAGGUUUUUCCUGAGACACCAGUAGAUCCAAAAUCUGAAAUCGUGUCGUCUCAUAUAUCCGAUCGCGUAAAGGAAAUGAACAUUUCCUCAGAAAAUACCCUUGAUGCAGUUGAGCUAACUACGACAACUGAAGUAAAAGUUCCUGAUACACAGGAGACGAAGAAAGCAGAAAAGAAAAAGAAGCAGAAGAAGAAACAGGCAGCCGUAGAUGUUGGCAAAGGAGCUCCAAAGACAGUUCCCCAACAGCCAAGGCAAGAAGCUGAAGUUGAUGGUUCAAACCAGGGUGUUACGAAGCAUGAUUUACCAGACGAUACAGAGGAUCUCUUUUGGGGUUCCCCGGUCAGAGGCGAGAACUCUUCUAGAUCUGUUGGUCCUCCGCUGGGCUUUGAAUCAUCAGUGGUUUUGCCUCCCAAAAGUCUUCCUGAGGAAUAUGAUGUUACCAGAGCUGAAUGGGAACCUAGUGCUCUAUCAUCUGACCUUCAUGGUGCAGCAAGCCACAAAGGUUGGAAACCUACCCAAGGACCUAGGCCAAAAUCACUUCUGGAAAUUCAAGCUGAGGAACAAUUAAGAGCACAAAGGGUAGCUGUGGAAAAUGCGAAGUUGGCCGUGCAAGCGACUUCUGUGCCAUCAGUUCCUUGGAAUACCAUGCCAACACCAUCAGAGCAACAGUUUGGGGGUGCAGGAAAAUCACUAGGUGGCCAGGAAAGUAUUGCUGACUCCAGGAAUAAGAGAAGCCAGUUGCAUGAUUUAUUGGCAGAAGAAGUUUUGGCAAUGUCUAGUAAUGCAGACAAUGAGAACAUUGGUAACGCUAAUGAUGUGUCUUUUCCUCCUCUGUCUCCAGCUGCUGUUCAGCCUGAUGCUCCUGCUUUUGAUGAUACUGACUUCAUUGAGGCCAAGGACUCCAAAAAGAACAAGAAAAAGGGAUCAAAGUCAAAAGGGUCUGCAGUCAAAGCCCCAUUACCUAUUGCUUCCACUGAUUCAUCAGCUUUCCCUGUACCCACUGAAAAGGGAAAAUCUUCAAAGCAAGCACAACAAGAGAAGGAAAUUCUACCAGCUCCACCAAGUGGUCCAUCCUUUGGAGAUUUUGUUCACUGGAAGACUGACCAGACAAAUUUUGUGCCUGCGCCAGCUUGGUCUAAUGACUCUGCAAAGGUGCAGAAACCUUUGUCUUUGAGAGAUAUUCAGAGAGAGGAACAAAGGAGAUCAGGUAUUGUCCAGCAACAACCGCCCUCACCAACUCCAGCAAAGGUGUCUACGAACCAAAGGAAUCCUGGCAAUGUUCCUUCCAGGCAAGCCUCUGGUUCUUCUCCAUCAAAGGCAGCUCCUGUCCAGACGACUUCCAAUGCUUCCAACCGUGCCAAGUCAAAUGCCGAAGAUGAUCUGUUUUGGGGCCCUUCUGAUCACUCCAAACAAGAUAACAAGCAGUCAGAAUUCCCAAGUCUGUCAAGUCAGAGUAAAAGCUCCAUAACUAAAGAUCAGUCUGCAUUGAACCGUCAAAAGUCCCAAGCCAGCAAGUUGCCAGUUUCGACAGCUCCUACAGUUAACCACACUGGGAAAGGGAAAACGGAGGCAGGAAGCAAGCAAACAGAGGCUAUGGACUUUAGGGAUUGGUGCGACAGUGAGUGGUCCAGGCUCACUGGAAACAAUGAUAUAAGUUUCCUCGAGUUCUGCAUAAAGCAAUCGACUGUCGAAGCAGAAAUGCUUCUCCGGGAGAAUGUUGGCUCUCUUGACCACAAUGGCCAGUUCAUCGACAGGUUCCUUAACUACAAGGCCUUUCUGUCCGCAGAGGUGAUUGAGAUGGCAUUCAGAGCCCCAAGCACCCGUGGCCCUCGUGCGAACCUGGCUUCCGCAGCCAAGGGAGGCCCAAGCGCUGAGGCGGAGCAGGACGCCGGAGGGAAGAAGAAAGGCAAGAAGGGGAAGAAGGUGAGCGCAGCAGUCUUAGGAUUCAACGUAGUCAGCAACCGCAUCAUGAUGGGUGAGAUCCAGAACGUGGAUUAGAGGAUAGGGUCGGCAUACAGUGGCACCGCGCUGUACAUACUUUUGGCGCGCUUGGAUAGACUGUUUUGACCUGUUGCAAUGGCAACUGAGGUUUAUGAGGUGGUUUUCGUCUCUCCUGUUGUGAGAGGGCGCGUUUCAUUGCCCGAAUUUUUUGGGUUCCUUGUAACUGACAGCACAGAUUUUGUUCCCCCAUAGAACUUUACACCAGAUGAUCAAGGACCUCAGUCUUAGUUUUGUUUGAUCA